CUCCCUCUUAGUUUCCACCAGCCCCUUCCCAGCAUUUUGUCUCUCAACCUUUGCCCGUGGCAAUGAACUAUAUACGUGUCCCAUCAGAAUAAGCUGUAGCCCAAGUAUCUAAGCCGUGAGCACUCCAACAGAGCAAAGAAGCUGCUAUCACCUCAUUGGGUACUGACGAACAAUGGCUUCUUCUACUCUUUCCUUUGGAUGGAGAUGUCCAGAAAGGAGACUCAGAGAUAUUGUGAUGGUUCUUUUUUUUCUUGCCUGUUUUUGGGGUAUAGCUUGGAGCACCGGGACUCCAGAGGCAGAGCAGCUUGAAAUCCGGCUUGUGAAUGGUUCAAGUCGAUGCAGUGGGAGGGUUGAGGUGCUCCAUAACGGGGUGUGGGGCACAGUCUGUGAUGACAGCUGGGGUAUGGAGGAAGCCCGAGUCGUCUGCCGACAACUGGGUUGUGCAACCGCAGUAGCUGCGACACGUACUGCACAUUUUGGAAGAGGUGAUGGCCGCAUUUGGCUGGAUGAAGUCCGGUGCACAGGGACUGAAUCAGCCCUCAGUCAAUGCCCAGCAAGGUCUUGGGGAGAAAAUGACUGCCACCACGGAGAAGAUGCUGGUGUUGUCUGCUCAGAGGUGCGGCUGAUGGGUGGUUCAACUCCUUGUACUGGCAGGAUUGAGAUACUCCAUAACCAAAGAUGGGGAACUGUGUGCGACAACGGAUGGGACUUGAAUGAUGCCCAUGUUGUGUGCCGGGAAGUUGGCUGUGGAGCUGCCUUGGCGGCAACUACUGCAGCGAAAUUUGGCCAAGGAUCUGGUCCUGUCUGGAUGGAUCAAGUGAACUGCACAGGGGAUGAGGAAACCCUCAGAAAAUGCCCACCAAAAACCUUGGUGGAGCACAGAUGUGACCAUAGCAAGGAUGCGGGUGUGGAAUGUACAGAAUCACCUGAGAUCAGAUUAACCAACGGCCCCAGCAAAUGUUCUGGAAGAGUAGAGAUACUUCAUGAGAAACUUUGGGGAACUAUUUGCGACGAUGACUGGGAUCUUGAGGAUGCCAAGGUUGUUUGUCAGUAUUUAGGCUGCGGAACAGCUCUCUCAGCCCCACGAGGUUCUCGUUUUGGCCAAGGAACAGGUCCAAUCUGGUUGGAUGGCGUUAAUUGCACAGGGACCGAGAAAGCAAUCAGCAAAUGUCCAGCAAAAGAAUGGGGACAACAUGACUGUACUCAUUCAGAAGAUGCUGGAGUUACUUGUGCAGAAUUGCGUCUAGUGGGUGGCUUAAAUCGCUGUUCGGGAAGGGUUGAGGUAUAUCACAACCUGCAAUGGGGCACCAUUUGUGACAACGAUUGGGACUUAAAUGAUGCCCAGGUGGUGUGCAGAGAACUGGACUGUGGAUCAGCUACGAAGGCAACUGGAGGAUCACGAUUUGGACAAGGAUCCGAUAUCAUAUGGUUAGACCAAGUGAACUGCACAGGAAAAGAAGCCUUUUUGAGCGAAUGCCAAAAAAAGCCCUGGGGACAGCACAGCUGCAGCCAUCGUGGGGAAGCAAGUGUGGAGUGCUCAGACCCAAAUGAAGUCAGACUGGUGAACGGAACAAGCCGCUGCGCUGGGAGAGUUGAGGUGCUCCACAACCAGCAGUGGGGGACAGUAUGUGAUGAUGGCUGGGAUCUGACCAGUGCCCAGGUUGUGUGUAGGGAACUUGGCUGUGGUGUUGCCCAAUCUGCCCCAAGAGGAGCCCUCUUUGGAAGAGGAGCUGAUCCUAUCUGGCUGGAUGAUGUCAAAUGUAAAGGGACAGAAGCUGCUCUCAGGGACUGCCGCCUUAAAGCUUGGGGAGACCAUAAUUGCAACCAUGGAGAAGAUGCUGGUGCUGUUUGUUCAGAACUCCGGCUGACAAACGGCACAACUCGAUGUUCAGGGAGAGUGGAAAUAUUCCAUGACCAGGAAUGGGGGACCGUGUGUGAUGACCGUUGGGGCUCUAAACAGGCAGAAGUUGUCUGCAGGGAACUGGGCUGUGGCGUCCCUUUGAAAGCUCACACAAAAGCAUUCUACGGACAAGGGACAGGGCCAAUCUGGCUGGAUGAUGUAAACUGCUUAGGAACAGAAACUUCCCUUAGAGAUUGCUCAGCAAGCAGCUGGGGACACAACAACUGCAACCAUGGAGAAGAUGCUGGUGUCGAGUGUGCAGACCCAGUGGAGUUGAGGUUGGUCAAUGGCUCACAUCGGUGUUCUGGUAGGGUGGAGGUCUUUCACCUGCACCAGUAUGGAACUGUGUGCGAUGACAGCUGGGACAUAAAUGAGGCCGUGGUUGUGUGCCGGUACCUUGGUUGUGGAACAGCCCUUUCCGCUCCCCGUGGGGCUCGAUUUGGACGUGGAGCUGAUCCUAUCUGGAUGGACGAUGUGGAAUGUACAGGAACAGAAACAUCUCUCUCUUCUUGCACGGCCAAGCCUUGGGGAAGCAAUGAUUGUAAUCAUGGAGAAGAUGCUGGUGUUAUAUGUUCAGAGAAUGUCAGGCUGAUCAAUGGCUCAAAUCGCUGCAGUGGGAGAGUUGAGAUUCGAUCACCUCACAAUGAUCAAUGGGGAACUAUAUACGACCGAACCUGGGAUUUAAAUGCUGCUUCAGUUCUGUGCGGUCAACUGGGAUGUGGAAUCGCUUCAUCAGCCCCAGGUGGAGCUCAUUUUGGACCUGGAUCAGGCUCCGUCUGUUUUGAUGACAUCAACUGCAAAGGCUCCGAAGUUACUCUCCAUGAGUGCAAUAUAAACUGGCAAGGGACAAAUACUUGCAACCACAGGCAUGAUGCAGGAGUUAUUUGUUCAGCAUCACCCACCCUGAAUGUGGGGAACAUCAGACUACAAGAUGGUCCACAUUCUUGUGCCGGAAGAGUUGAGGUUUUCCACCAGCAGCAGUGGGGAACUGUAUGCGACGACGGAUGGGGAUUGCCAGAUGCCACUGUUAUCUGUAGGCAACUGGGUUGUGGCAUUGCUUUGGAGGCCCCCCACGGAGCACAUUUUGGACGUGGUCCAGGCCCCAUUGUCCUGGACGAUGUAAACUGCACGGGGACAGAAAAAUCCCUCAAAGAAUGUGGCGGCCGCUCCGUGGGAGAACACGACUGUGACCACGCAGAGGAUGCAAGUGUGGUAUGCUCAGGCCAAAUUGAGAUCCAGUUGGCCGGUGGACCCAAUUCUUGUAGUGGCCGGGUGGAGUUCAAACACAACGGCUCUUGGGUCACAAUUGGUGACUCUGGCUGGAAACUCUCAGCAGCCACGGUGGUGUGCCGACAGCUGGGUUGUGGGGCAGCGUUGUCUGCACCAACAGGCAAUAAAUAUGGCAUGGGUGUUGGCUCAGCCUUUCUGGAUGAAGUCCAGUGUUCUGGAUCAGAGAUGAAUUUGACUGAAUGCAAGGCUGUGCCAGCAGGACCCAAUAAGUGCAUCUGCGGCUCCUAUGCAGGAGCGGAAUGUGCAGGAUCGUCAGGUUCAGGUACAAUUGCUGCGGUGAUUCUGGGUCUCUUAGCUAUCAUCGUAAUUAUUGUUGGAAUUCUGUUCUACAUGAGGAAAAAGAGAGGGAAACGAUUUGUUGUGAAUCCCUUUGGCCACAGAAGAGAAGCAUUCAUGGAAAAUAUCACAGUAGGAUCAGAUGUGGUAAAUGGCAUUCGGGAAAUGUAUAUGCGGGGGAAAGAGCAAAUUGUACCUGAGGCAGACCAUGAAGGAGAUACCAUUUGUUUGGUGAAAGCCACUUCUGAGCCUUCUGCAGACAAUACUGAAUGAAGAGGAUGCUGUGAUGGCUCAGAUGCCGGGAAGAGAUGACAGGAGAUCUUAUCCAUGCCACCAGCUUUUUAUUGUUGUUGUUAUAGGGAAUAUUUGGAAACUAAAUAUGUUUUUUUUUCUGAGAUCCUUGGGAACAUGCAGCUAUCCCAGCUUCUGGGAGUAUCAAAAGAAAAUGAAUCUCAUUAAGCAGGGGCAGAAGACAACCAAAAAGAAAUCCUUUGGAAUAUCCAUGAAGCUGAAGUUUUUAAGGGAUGAAUUUUUGGAAAACCUUUCCCACAACUCUUUCUUACCUUACACGCAACAAUGCAUGCUUUUCUGUAUAUUUAUACACUGCCCUGCUAUAUUUGUAACAGAGCAUAUGCCUACUAAAUAUUAAGACCUAGAAAUCGUGCCUUCUGCUGCUCUCCUAACUCACUUGCAGAAUUCGGUUCAAGCACUUUCAGACAAGCGCCUUUCAACGUGAAAAGACUGUUAGGCUUCUCCAUAUUAUAACUCAAUUAAUCCCAGCUCCACAUCCAAGUACAGACAGUCCCCAAGUUAUGAAAAAGAGAGAUUCUGUUAAGUUGAAUUUGUAUGUAAGUUGGAACAGGUACAUUUUUAAGUGUAACUCCAGCCACACACACACACACACACACACAGAGAGAGAGAGAGAGAGAGAGCUUUAGAUAAUAUAGGGAAGGGUUAACACCCCUGUAGUGUUUGUUUUGCUAUCUGUGCCCCUGUUCAGAAGAUUUAACCUCACUUUCUGUCCCUGUGAUCAUUGGAUUUUGAAAAUUUCGCCUUGUUGUGGAAACAAGGAUUGGUGAUAAAGCUCAGUGGAGACACCGUUUCCCCCGUGAUAACUCUUUCAGCAGUGAAUUUCCCUUCCAAGGGAUAGACUCCUCUCACUUCCUGUUGACUCACCCCUUAUUUUAACUAUGAGUCAUUUGUAAGUCAGUUGUUUGUAACUCGGGGCUACCUGUAGUAGGAACUUUGGAGAUGAAUUAUAAGUACUAUGUAGCUAUGGCUUCAUGCUAUAUUAUUGCUGUGCUUUAUUCUACCUAAACACAUCACACAUCUAGUCAAGAACCCAGUUUGAUAAGGAACAGUCUUGUAAUUGCUUACAUUAAAUAUCGAUGCUAAGCUAAUAACAUAUUAAUCAAUUGCAGCCAAUACUUGUUCAUGUCUACAGAGAAGAAAAUUAAAUUAAUUUUAUUUCCUAAUAGGUAUUAUUAGGAUUGCAGGCUCAAAAUGUGGAGGACAAAAAUUGACCAAUUUCCACUCCUCUUUGUGAAUUUAGGCCUGUUAUUAUCCUAAGUGACUCUUUCUUCUAUAUCACAAAGAGGAGCAGCAGGCUUGCAUAUUCGGAGCAAGCCACUACUGUAGGCUGUGUAUAGACAUGCAUCGCUGCAGCGGAAAGCUACUUGUAGAACUCUACUCACCAUACAUUUCCAGAUAUACAGUCUUUUUUUGAGGCUUAAAUUUAAGGCACCCUGUUCUGGAUUAGAAGAGAAACUGAAUUCACACAGCACUAGUUGGUCAAUCUUUAUUAAAGUCAUAAAGCAAACAUCUCAUCUUGCAGUUGGAAUAUUCGACACUGAUGGCACUUGUGUUUUGUCAUAGCAAAACUGUCUCCCUUUAGCAGAGAUUUCAAAGUUCAAAUAAAUGAUGAAAAAUAAAAAUCUCAACAAACAA